ACGAUUCGAACCACUUUUGGGGGUUUCUUUGUGUGAAUUUUCGCGGGAAAAUUUCUGGGAGGUUACAGAGGUUUGGGGGAUAUUCACAGUAUAUUUUCUGUCCCAUCCAGGUGGGUGUGUUUGUAAAGCGGAGUGAAUUUUGUGCCACUUUGCCAAGGCUAUAUAUUGUCUAAUCUAUAGCUCAUACAUUGGAUAUAUUUUUGGUGGCAUAAAAAAAAUAAUGAUGUAACAAAAGGGGGUUUUCGGUGGUUUUUUUCAAACUCAACAAUCCCCGCAGGGAAACUCCUUUGCUCGUACUCUCAUAGUGUACACACAUGAAUAUUACUUUUGGCUAUAAAGCUUCCAACAAAGCAGAACUUUUAAAUUUCUAAGGGUUAUCUUUCCCUCAUAUGAUAGAGAGAAUAUCCAUGUGAAGUUUAUUUAAAGUUUAAACUGCAAAAUACACCAUUCUUGACCGAUUAGACUAUCGAAAGGAAGUAAGUUGAAGAAGAAGAAAAAAUAGAAAAAAGGAACAUCCAAGUGCAAUAAACAGAGUGAAAAGUGUUGGUGGUAUUAAUAAGUUAUUUAUGGAAAUUUAUUGUGUAUAUUUUUUUUUCUUCACCCAAGAAGCUCCCCGCCUUGUGUACAUAAAAUUCUCUUGUGCCGCGAAGCAAUGUUUGGAUAAGCUUUAGUGGUGUAAUUGUACAUUGAGAAUUUUCACGAAAAAAACUCUCACACGUUCCUCAUAAUUCCGCACACCUUAAAUCUCAAUAUUUUUUCUCUACCAUUUUCUUUCCUUUCAACAAAAAUUCUUGGUGUGUGACCUCAAAGGGAAAAGUGAAUUCAGGAAAUACAGAAAAAACGAAAAGUGUGUGUGUUGUGUAUAUUCAAGUGUCUAGAUCUGGGAAUUUUGCAUGAAAACAGCACACAAGAGACCUUCAUUCUGCUUCAGGGAUUGCACGAAUGAAGGACACUCGAGGUACGUGAAAUAAUUUCACCUGCUUUCUUGUGGAGGCGGACGCGCGCAAUUUCGACGCUCCCACGAUGGCUGUGGCAGUAGAGGAGGCCGUCCUAAGUGCUUUGCGGGGCCAGGUGAGCGGCAAUACGAGAUUACCCGCCCCUCGCCUCGUCAAGAUCUACGUUGCCAGCAAUAAGAGAGAAUUUAGGGAGGAACGACGGGUUCUCCUGGAAGUCGUUGGCCCGGAAAUACAAUCAUUCUACGACGAUAGACAAAUUGAGAUGGAAUUUGUGGACGUGCAUUUUGGCACAGGGCCCGGAGUGGAGUCUGCAGUGGACAUUGAUCCUUACAGAUUGGAUGACCACUUGAGUGAGGUGAUGAUCUGCAGACGAGACUCCAAGAGUGUCUUCUUCAUUGCGCUCAUUGGGAACGAUCUGGGCACAUUUAACCUUCCAACGUCCAUCGAUGCGGAUGUUUUUGAGUGUAUUCGGAGGAAUUGUUGCAUGGAGGAGAGCAAUCUACUGCUGACAUGCUACACCUACCAGCACCAUGAUCGAACCUAUCAUCUUCUCAAGCCAACCGAAGGAGUCAGGCACCAGGAGAAGCGUGAAUGGGUGAAAACGUGCCGUGAGAUGAGAGAUGUCCUCGAGAGGUCCCUACGAAAGAGCUUAUCGACUUUUCCUGAUGAGGUGCUGGCGGAAAAAAUGCGCUUCAUGCUGAAGACACCCCUCGAGAAGGAAAUUGACACGGCACUCGGAUGUUCCAAGGGUGAUGGCAUGGUGGCCGUAUUACGGGAAUGGUCGAUGCCAUCGGCAGCACAAGUGCGUGAUCGUGUUCAGCAAAUCAAGAAGCAAUUAACUGAAUGUCUGCCGCCGGACAACAUGCAAACGCUAACGGUUGAAGGCGAAGCGGCGGAAAUUGAUCCAGACAAGGAGAGUCACGAAGACUAUUUGGCUGUGUUCAAAACCACCAUCAUUGAGAAAUUGAGGGUGACUAUCGAUCGGAAUCUCAUCAAUGAUCCCGACUGCAUUAAGGGAAGAAAAAAGACAGUUCAGGAAAUAUUCCACGAGCAUUCGAUACAUUUGGUAUUUGUGGGUGAGCACGAGGCCAGCGGGAGUCUAGUAUCGUCAACAGUGCCCGAAAGGUUGCGGUCAAAUGUGAUUCAGCACUAUCGAUCGGGCUCCCGGCAUUCACCUCAUUUCAUUUAUGGGAGUCACGGGUCCGGGAAAAGCUCCCUAAUCGCCGAAUUAUACACCCAGGUCGUGAAAUGGUUCGACAAUGCCAAAGUUCAUCGCGUGAUACGUUUUGCGUCCAAAACGCCACGUUCUGCAUACAGUUUAGAACUGUUGCGUGUGAUUUGUCAGCAGAUCUCCAUUAUAUUCAACAUUCCCGAAGGAUAUUUGCCAAAAGACGCCUCAUUCGAUCCCUUCUACAUCAACAAUUGGUUCCAGAAUCUCAUGCGUCGCUGCGAAGAUAUGCCCAAUGACGUACUCAUUCUCUUCAUUGAUGAUCUCCACAAACUCAAUCCACUCGACUGUGACAUUGUUGCGGCCCUCUCAUGGCUCCCCAUAAGCCUCCCAUCGAAUGUCUUCCUCAUUUGCACCACAACCAUCCCUAUUGAUGCUAUGAAACUCACCCCGAUACAGAAGGAGCGCUUCCGUAGUGCCGACAGUUUGUUUGACCUCAUGCAGGACGGUACGACGGUGAAGCGCGUGCGAAAUGACGAAACAUUCGAGGCGUACGUGAGGCGCCUCUUUCACGAAAUUGAAGAUGAAUUCGGACAGCGAGGAUUCGCACGAUUAGCCACCUACCUCACGUGCACGGAGUACGGGUUGAGUGAAACGGAAUUGCUGGAAUUGCUCAUGCCAAUCCAGAAUAGCGAUGCUCUCAUUGAUUCCAGCGAGGGUGGCUUCAAUUUCUCCACCUUCCGGGCCAUUCGAAACCGAAUGAAACCCUUGAUACGGGAGAAAUUGAUGUCGGGGAAAGUGUUGAUCCAAUGGCGUCACGACUUGUGUGCACAAAUUGCCAAGUCACGCUACAUGGAUGGGGAAUCCACGAGAUUGGCACACACGGAGCUUGCCAAUAUCUUCUUCAGCCAAGACGGUGAGGAGAGCGAUGAAACAACAAUCAGCCACCCAACGGAUAAAUCACCACAAACGGGUCAACCCACACCCACAAAUCUCCAACCAGGCAUCCAUGAGGAGACAGUGAGUAGCAGACCCAGCAAUAUGUUACCUUGGGCCGAACUCUCGUACAGUGUACGACACGUAGAGGAGUCAUGGCACCAUUUAAUGCGCUCCGAGGACACGGAGAAGCUCAAGACAAUCGCCAUGUGCAACUUUGACUUCCUCCUGGCAGCGCUCCAAACGGUCUCAAUCAGCUACUUGCGGUGCCUCAUCGAGCAUGUACGGUGUCACAUCCUCGACAGGGACAUCGAGUUAAUUUACUACACAAUCAGGAAAUCAAGUGAUGUCCUCACACGGGAUCCCAUGCAGCUCGGUGCUCAAGUGAUUUCAUGGUUGAGGCCAAUUUCGGAGCACGAUGAGAACGAUAACUCCCUGCUGAGCAUUACUGUGAGGUCAGCAACUGCCUGGUGCGAUGGCUAUACGGUGCCUUUGCUGGUUCCCCUGACAGGAUGGCUGCCAGUUCCUCUUCCAUCGCAAAUUCGUACAAUGACCGUAUCUGGUACGGGACAAAUACGCACGAUUGAUUUGUCACCAUCGAAACAGCACCUCAUAAUUGGCCCCAAAACAGGAGAUGUCCAACUCUGGCACAUCAUGAGCAACAGCCUCGUACACACAUUUCGAGGACACAGCGGUCCCGUGACGUGCCUAACCGUACCAAGGGAGCUGAAUUAUCUCAUAACCGGAUCAGAGGAUACAUCUGUAAUUCUCUGGGACAUGAGGACAUUGACAAUGAAACAGCGAAUAUGGGAACACAUAGCUGCUGUCAUUUGUGUUACAUAUGCCUUGAAUAAUACAUACAUCAUUAGUGGAGGGGACGACUCCAGCAUCAUAAUAUCAUCGAUGGAAACAGGAAAAUUGGUAAUGAAAAUCGACCAUCAUCGAGGUCCAGUAACGGCCGUUCACGUUAGCGCCGCAAGUGAUGUCCUCGUUUCUUCAAGUCACGACGCCACAGUAUGCCUAUGGUCCCUGGAAAACUUCACACUCCUCAAUACAAUCCAACUACAUAGCUCGAUAAUUAACUUUGAAAUUUCCAGUGAUUCCGUAUUCCUCUUGGCAUUGUGCGAGGAUAAUGGAUUGUAUUUGCGAGCUCUGGCGACCGGAACGGAAUUACACUCACUCAAGGGACAUAAAUCGAAGGUCCGUGGCAUGUGUCUCGCCAAUGACAGUCAGAGAGCCAUUGUGGGGUGUGAGGACACCAAAGCUCUCAUCUAUGACAUGCACUCGGGACGUGUAAUCAGGUCCCUACCACCGAAUCCAGGGGCUGUCACAGCAGUCCUUUGUACGGACAACGAUGAUUUCCUCAUAACUGUGGGUGGGAAUAAAAUCACCUUCUAUUCCUUCCGUAAUGAGGACUCCUUUGCACAUUUGCGAACGAAAAAGCGCAAAGCAUCCCGACACAUUUCAGCUCAGAAGCAUCAGUACAACGUGGGAAAUGUCCCUGUUACAUGCUUCGAUAUUUCACGAGAUUCUCAACUAGCAGCAGUUGCAUCAGGGCGUAGUGUCGCCAUCUGGCAACUUAACACCCCUGAAGUGGCCACAACCUACAACUACCACACAGGUCCUGUGACCACAGUUAGUUUCUCGCCAAAUGGAGAAUUUGUGGUGUCCGGAUCGGAGGACAAGAGUGUCAUUGUGGUCGGUUUGGCGCUUGGACUUGUGGUGACAACAUUUAAAGGUCACGCAGCCAUUAUUCACUCAGUCUGCGCCAUGAUGGAUUCUCGACGAAUCCUUUCAGCAGACAGAGAUGGACUUUUGUGCGUUUGGUUGGCUGAUAGCGCUACCCUCCUGCAGACAGUUCAGGGACCAUAUAAGCACUUAGCUGUGACCAACAAUAUGAAGUUUGCGGUGUGCACAAAUGGGGACAACAAUCUACGAAUUUGGUCGUUGACGCGUGAGGAUGAAAAGUACAAUGUAUCGCAUUCAGAUGAAAUAACCUGCUUCGUGAUAACCGUGGACUCCCUCUUCGUUAUAACGGGUUCACGCGAUAUGUCCCUCAAGGUGUGGCAGGCAACUGGUGGGAAACUGGCACAAGUACUCGUGGGGCACACAGAUGCCGUGACGUGUGUCGCUGUGCCCGUAACUAAUAAGAAUCAAGUGAUAUCAGGAUCGAAGGAUUGCAACCUCAUUGUGUGGGAUCUGCACACUGGUGAGGAGCUGCAUACGCUAGCGGGGCAUCUGGCGCAGGUUACGUGCGUGAAGAUUUCGGCAGAUGGAACGACAGCAGUGUCGGCGAGUGAUGAUAAAACGUUAAUUGUGUGGGAGACAAAGAGAGGACUAGCUCUGACUUCUUUGCAGCUUCAUGUGCCAUUCACGAGGUUCGACAUUAGCAUCGAGUGCUCAAGAAUUUUGAUUCAAUUAGUCGACAGUCAGACCCUCCCUGUGAUUUGUCUGCACAACACCCCCGCAACGUAUGUGAAAUUGCCAACAUAUUCAGCCCCUGCGCGCGAUGUUGAGGAUUUGAGGCCAGCAGGACCGAAGCGUCAGGCCCCCAGGCGAUUGCUAAAGAAGGAAGUCUCCUUGGAUACGUACACGUGGCAGAAGAAGUAUGGGCAUCUCACGUCAUCCGUAAUGAUGGCUCAGGUGGAUGAGAGACUCAAGAGACGCUUUUCCGUAUCCGCAAGCAUGGAGGAGAUCUCCAAGAUUGCAGAAAUGAAGUCAUUGGCCUCUCAGACGAGUCUCUGUCCCGAACAGGCUGCUCUAGCGCAAUCCCAACACUUUGAUCAACUCGAAGCACUCUGGAAUAAACGAUCUCCACCCCGAAGAAGGCUCAAUACUUCUGUUUCGAGGCAAUCAUCCCUGGUCGAGGAUCGAAUUUCAUCGGAUGAGGAUGAAUUUCAGGAGGAAAGAACAGACAUCCUGGCUGAUUAAAUUGCGGUGACACGCAUCAAUUAAUAAAUAAAUACUCACUCCUUCUCUACUAACGACAUUCUCACGCCAGCAAAAAAAGCAGCAGCUUCCCGACCAUCGUGUUUUAGAAUUUGUAGUCGCAAUUAAGUCUUUUAUUACCAACAAAACUCAUAAAACUCCAUUGAAAAUGAGAGAUUUUUUUGAGUUCCAAGAGUUGCAAUAAAGGGCAAUGAGUGGAUUGUUUGCCAAAGAAAACUUUAAGAAAAAAAAGGAAAUUGAGAAGACACCUGGGGCCAUUUGAAAAACUUCACGAGUUUCCGUGGAAGAAAUAAAGUUUCCCAGCAAAAGGCAACAGAAAGAGCAUAAAUAGACGAUAAAUUGAAAUCAAUGAGGACUUGAGAGUCACUAAAAAUCUCGGAAUAGCCGCUAAAAUAAACCUAUAUAAGAUAAUGAAACAAAGCCACACAAGAUAAAGAAGAAUAUAGCCAAUAAAAUUUGUAAACACACUCAGUGGAUGAAAAAUUGGGGCAUUUUUGUGGAUAAUCGUUGCAAUUUAUUGAAAAAGAAAUAGGUAAAUACAAUUAAUUGAAAUUUGAUUUGUAAUUGAACGCCUAAUAAAUGAAUAUUUUACAACUGCAUUAUGGGGCAAUAUUCAGGCAAACGUUUUUAUCUGGGCUUUUGUACAAUUUAUGAUCAAUACAAUGUUCAACGUUUUACAUUAGACGUUGAGUUACUUUUGGUCAAUUCUUGAAUGUUAUUUUUUUUUAAUGUCAUUAAUAUUUAAUCAAUUAUAUUUUAUCAAGAAAAAAAAACGUUUGAUCAAAAAUUAUGAAAUUUUCGGGCAAAAUUUUACUAAUGUUUGAUCAAAGGGCUUUAGGUAACAAGCUAAAACUAUAUUUUCGCAAAUUUAAAUUAAUUUAAUUAUUUUUCUAUUUUCAAAAGUCAUUAAAUUAACGUAGGGGAACAUGGGGCAAUUUGUUAAUUUUAAUUGAGAAUUAUAUAUUCCUUGGUAUGUACCGAGAAAAUAUUUUAAUUUUAUAAUGACGACUGUCUUAUAGGAAAUUUUCCGGGCUACAACUUUGUCUCACACGAUUUCUUUCUAUCUCUAUGGAAAAAUGCAUUUUCAGUCCAUUUUCCGAACCUUGCGAUUUAACAUUUUGCCCCAGUUACCCCUACAUAGAAGACACCAGGGAAAACGUUUUGACUGAAAAAUGACCACUGGAAGCAUCCACAUAAGAAUGUCCUGACAAAAAGACCGAAGUUUCAAUGUUUAAAUGAUUUUUAUGGUUGCGGAUGGGUUAAAUUUGAUUGAAACUGGUGACAAACUUUUAAAAAAAAUCGACUAAUUGAUGAAUUUAUAAAACUUGACCAAACCAAUGGCAAUGUUCGGUCAAACUUUUGUAAAUUGUUUACAAUGCAAAUUGAUUUGCUGUUUGAUUAAAGUUUUGCUCUGUGAAUUUCAUAAACAUUUGCCCAACAUUUGCCAAACUUUAGGCAAAAUAGAAUAUUUAAUUGAAAGUUUAAUUAAUUUUUACUCUCUACUAUGUAUGCUGAAUUAAUAUGUCAAUAUACAAUCCCAAAGAGGUAGAUACAAUAUUUGAUUAGGUAUAAUAUGAUUUGUCUUGUGCGUUGUUAAAGUUUCUUGAUUUUAUAAUUCAAUGACAAAUUCUUUCAGACGGAGUAAAGUUUUCUAUAAUUUUUGAACAAAUUUUGGUCAGAAUUUGAGUCAAAUUUGAUUGAGUGAUAUUAGACUCAAAUAAAAAUUAUUGAGCCGAAUUUUAUUAAAUACUUGCAAAUAAUUUUCACAAUGUCCCAAUUUUAAGUUCACUGACUGUAAAAAAAAAACUUUUAGAACCAAUUUCUAUUGUAGAGUAGAACAAACAAAUAAAAUAAAUCCACCAAUUCGUAUAUAAAUUUACUUUUCUUCGUACCUACAUAUAAUUGCAAAUUGUUCUAAAAUAAUAAAGAAAGAAAAAAAACUAAGCAAGAAGAUUGUAUUUUAGAAGGAAAACGGAAAAUUUAAACCCGUAGAAAUUUCUUGUUAAGCAAUAAAUGUCUUUUAGAAAAAUACUUUUUAGAGAAUAACAAUGAAGAAGAAUAAUAAAAAAAAAUGUAAUAAAGAAAACAAACUCCGACAAUCACGUGAAAAGCACUGACUUUAAGUAAGUUUUGAAGCGCAAUGGAAGACGAUUCUCUCGUUAAGAAACUUUUUUUUGUUGUAAAGCACAAAUUGCUUGGAAAAGGAAGAAUGGAGAAAAAUGAGAAAAGUAUUUGUGGAAAUUCUUUUGCUUUCACUUCUUUUUUGUGAAAAUUUUCCUGAGAAAGCUCCACAGCAAGAGGUGAUGACUUCUGUGCGCAGAAUUAUGCAUAUAUGUAAGUUACGUGGACAAACAUUCCAUCAAAAUUAUUUUCUCGUUGUUCUCUCCUUUCGCAUUUUACUGAAUUAGAAGAGAUUCUAUACCAAAAAAGAUUUAAUUAAAGUAAAAAUAGUAGAAAUGUAGAUAUAUUAUAAAAAAUAAAUUAAAAUAAGUGACUAAAUAAAAUAGCAAAGAGAAUGAAUUUAUGAAAAAAAGUUUAGGUAAUGAAGAAAAUGAAUGUCUCUCAAAAGUAAAAAAAAUAUUGGGCAAUUAAAUUAAUUCUUAAGUAAGGAUGAAAAAAAUAUUUUAGAGAAUCUUGUGAAAAAGUCUGUAAGAAAUGGAAUGUCCUUGGAAUGUCGUUAGAUUUCUUUUUUUUUCCUUUUUACCUUUUCUUGAAUUUUAUAAACAAUAAUUUUUUUUAUGUUAUCCUUUAAUAAUUUUGAAGUAAUUUUUCCAUUCAACAGUGGACUUUCCACUAAAGUUUCUUGGGACUUUUCUCGUACUUGAAAUCCCUUCUGCAUUUUUCUGUGAUUUUCUAACGAUUAGUCCAAAAGAAUUUUGUCUUUCUAAAUUCCUUGUGAUCUCUCCUUGGAAAUUUCUAUUGAUUUUUAUUCAAAUUCAGGUAUUUUCUAUUGAUACUCAUCUGGAGUUUUCAGGAUUUUUCGACUGGAAUUCCUCAUGAUUUUUUUUUUGAAAAUUUUCUAUUUUCCUUACAAUUGGAACGUAUUAAAAUUUUUCCUUUUUAAAGUUUUGUUCGUCUCUUCAUUUCCUAUUUUAAAUUCUUUUUCUUCAAUAUUUGUGAUUGUUAUACAGGAUGGCCAGGAAAUUAGGGCCUGAUUUUAAUCGCGAAUAACUUUUGAUUGGCGUGAGAUAUCUGAAAACUUCUGCCGCCAAAAGAUGCGUAAACUUAAAAAGUUUUAUUUGCUUUUUAUUUCAAGUCGAUUAAUUAUAAUUUUUCAGAAGAAUUUUCUUUAUGUUUUGUUCGAUUUAGACGCUCUUCAAACAUCGAAUGAUCCUUCACUCUACAAUUUGUUAAUUUUUAUAUUUUAAAAAAAAUAUAUUCCAUCUAUUUUACUUACCUGAUGAAGACAAAAAACUCUCCGAAACGUCAUAUGGGAUAAACUGUUACAGGUCGGAUAUCACACCCUUGUACUGCACUGAAAACUCAACCCACUUACUUCUAAAAUAGAGCAGUUUCCUUAUAUUUUUCAAUGUUGGAGAUUCGGUCAAUUUACAAAUGUUGUGGGAGUCAAACGCGGGAUCUGACCUUUUUGAAAAUACUCAUUUAUUAUUUCUGCGACGUUUCGGAGCUUUAUUUCUCCUUCCUCAGGCAUUAAUAAUUGAGGGUAUUUUUGUCAAAUUAAUUUUCACUUUCUGCAUCCACUUUGCACCAAUUACGGUUCUCAUCAACAUGGCUUUUUGACUUGGACCAUCUUUCCAUGGAAUUUCAUAAGACCAUUAAUGUCAUGUUUUUUCCGCUUCUUCAUAAGUUUUGUUUACUUUUCUAUCUCUUUCAAUCAAACGCUUUAAUUAUAUAUUCUGUAACUUUGCUGUAAAAUUUCUUAUGCAAUUUCUGCAUUUUGUUCCUCCCAACUUCCAUGGAAUUUCUUCUUCGUUUCUCCGCACAAAACACCUGUGAUUUUUUUUAGUCAGCUCCUGUAAAUUCUUGAUAUUUAAAUAAUAAUUCCUGAUGCAGCUAACACAUCUUUUCAAGCUUGGCUGAAUAAAACAAUGAGAUUUAUUGCCUAUUUAUGCCAUUUAUUGAAUCAUUCUCUUUGCCUCACCUUUUUCUUCCUUUUUCUUGGCUUGCAGAAAACAUCUCAAAGACACGAUUGAUAAUGAUUUUUUUUCUUUAAUACACGUGUCCCUCUUUAACAUCUAACUAUACACAGUACACACAUAUCUCGGUAAUAAGUUGAGAAAAGAAAUUUUGAAAAAAAUAAAAUAAAAUGAUUGUAAAAUCUGUUGUUCUGGAAAAAAAUAAUUUAUAAAAUGAAAAGGAGCCAAAUAAAUCUCAUUUGCACGAUUCAACUUUUCUUUUCAGCAAAACAAAAAAUCUGUAAAAUUUAUUUAUUUAUUAAAAAAAAAAGAAUAAAUCUGUACAUGAUGCAAUGUUAAAAUAAAAGAAAUGUCCUAUUUUGUGUGUUUAA